AUGGAUCCUCGUUCGCACCCUUCGCGUCCCCCGUCUACCAGCCUACCCCAGGGCGCCACGCCCCUGUCAUCGACACCCAUCACCAGCAUGCCGAUGCCUCAGUACUCGAUGCAGCCCCAGUAUUCGGUCUCCCAGCCGCAUACGCUGCCUCCCCCUCCAGCCGCAUCAUACUCAGUCGCCCGCGCCGCACCCCUACAUGGGCCAGCCGUACCGACCGGACCUGUCGCGAUUCCCCGCAUCGACUCACGACGUGCCCAUCAUACCCAGUCCUACCCUCCGCCUCCCAGCGGGUUGCCUCCCACGUCUGGCGCGCAGAGCUACCCGCAGCCUAUUGCUCCCGCGCCCCCACGCGACCGUCGGGACUUCAAUGGCAUGCCUUCCGGUGCCUUCAGCUACUCUGAUGGCAAGUCCUGGGGCAUGACACCUGACGUGAAUGGCGCCAAUGGUUCGCCAUACGGACCUCCUAAGGAUCAGCCACGUACGCAGGUCGUGGGCUCUCAGGGCCGCCGUGGUAUCCUGCCGAGUGUUCCGGGCCGCGCGACCCCGGUGGCCAACGGUGUCAAUGGCUCCGCAAAGAGCACCACCAUUCCCGCCAAGGAUGCCGAUGGAAAGUUCCCUUGCCCGCACUGCAACAAGACCUACCUGCACGCGAAGCACCUGAAGCGUCAUCUGCUGCGCCACACUGGUGAUCGUCCCUACAUGUGUGUUCUCUGCAAAGACACUUUCUCCCGCAGUGAUAUCUUGAAGCGUCACUUCCAGAAGUGCUCGAUCCGUCGCGGCAACCCUACCGGCGCGACCCACCUGUCGCACCCUCACGCUCAUCUCAAGCGUUCACAGCAACAGGCAGCCGCUGCGUCGGCGGCAGCGGCCAACACCGCUAAGCCUCUUCAGGAUGAAGUCAGUAAUUCCGUCCCAUCUUCCAAUGGCGUUAUGAGUGCGCAGUUCGGCGAUGGGGCCGUGAAUGGCAACGGGUUGGCCGGUGGCCGUCCCGGAUUCACGGACCAGCAGCAUCAUCAUCUGGGAUACGCGAUCGCGCCGGUCAAUGGCAUGAACCGUGGUCCUGGUGACCACGCGUUCGCCGAUCAGGCCGCGGCACGAAACUCCUGGAUGGCUGCCCCCAAGCAGAAUCCGUAUCUCAUGCACCACCCCGGUGCUGAAGCCCAUGGCCAGCAACUGAGUGUUGAUCGUCCUCUUGAACAGGUAAAGCCCCUGGUCAUUCCUGACCACAAGUACCCGGUGAUGCCCGGUCACCCCACGAGUCAACCCGGUGUUGACUGGACGACCUUCCAGCACGGUGCCGACAACGGUUACAUGAACCCCGUCUUCCCCCACUCCAUGGCGACCGGCCAGGAGUCGAUCCACGCCCCUGUCGACGCCGACCGCAAGUUCUAUCCCGCCACGACCGCGGGUGGCCCCGAAAGCGGUAUGAACGGUCUGUACCUAGCCUCGACUACACUGGGCGGUGAUGGUACCGUCCAGCCCGCGAGACAGUAA